AUGGUGGAAGCGCGCCGACACGUGUUGCCGCCUACGCGUCUGGUCCCAAACUCGCCGUACCCACUGCUCCACUACCCGGGCUUCUUGUCGCGCGAAUGUGCGAGGUCUCCUAACCUAGCCGCAACCAAGUGCUUUGACCUGUUUGCUGUGAACGGUUGGCAAAUCCAAUGGGUCUUUCGAUACGGCUCGACCCAAAGGUCGCAUUACCACUCUCAGGCCCAUGAGUGCAUGGUAGUGCUUACAGGCAGGGCGAGGAUUCGCUUUGGCGUCGCCGACACUGUUGAAGACUUGGAAGAGAACACACACGGGUCUGGGAAGGAGGACGGCGGUAUAGUCAUAGACGCUAAAGCUGGCGAUGUCUUCGUUCUGCCCGCUGGGCUGGCGCACAAGACGUAUAGUACUAGCCCGCAGGCUUCUUUCCAGCUUCUAACCUCGGGGAAUGGCCAUUCGAUCGACUCUCAGGACAUUAAAGGCGAGUUGGCUAAAGUGGAGCUCAGUGGCUUUACUAUGAUGGGUGCAUAUCCAGCCAGCGUCACACAUUGGGAUUUCGCUACAGGAGGGGAGCAUGUGGGCAAAUUUGAAGAUGUAUGGGCCGUGCCGAAGCCGGAUCGAGAUCCCGUGCUUGGGGAUGCAGAGGAAGGCAUUGCGACGUGCUGGUAG